AUGACUGUAAGCAAGGAAAAGCUGAUUCUAAUACUAGGAAUGGUCUGUUUGGAACAAGGUAAUUCUGCAACCCUUUCUUCCAUCAGAGCUCCUAACUGUGGGCAGAGUCUGGUUAAGCCCCAACCUCAGAAUUACUUUAGCCUUUUCAGUCGCAUUGUUGGGGGAAGCCAAGUAGAAAAGGGUUCCUUUCCUUGGCAGGUGUCCCUGAAACAAAAGCAGAAGCAUGUCUGUGGAGGAACUAUCAUCUCUUCACGGUGGGUCAUCACAGCCGCUCACUGCAUGGCUAACAGAAACAUUGCAUUAACUUUGAAUGUUACUGCUGGGGAACAUGACUUAAGCCAAGUCGAGCCAGGAGAGCAAACACUAGCCAUUGAAACCAUCAUAAUACACCCGCAGUUCUCCAUCAGAAAACCUAUGAACUAUGAUAUUGCUCUUCUGAAGAUGGCUGGAACCUUCCAAUUUGACCAAUCUGUGAGGCCUGUAUGUCUUCCAGAAUCAGGAGAACACUUUAAGCCUGGACUUGUUUGCACAACUGCAGGCUGGGGGCGCUUGGCUGAAGGUGGCAGCCUCCCACAAGUCUUGCAGCAGGUGAACCUGCCAAUUUUGACUCAGGAGGAAUGUGAGGCGGCUCUGUUGAGCUUAAGGAACCCUGUUACUGGGAAGACCUUUCUCUGCACGGGAUCCCCUGAUGGAGGAAGAGAUGCUUGUCAGGGAGAUUCAGGAGGAUCACUUAUGUGCCAGAAUAGCAAAGGGUCUUGGACUCUGGCUGGCGUGACUUCUUGGGGUUUAGGCUGUGGUCGAGGCUGGAGAAACAAUUCAAGGAAAAAAGAGCAAGGAUCUCCCGGGAUCUUCACAGAUCUUAGCAGAGUGCUUCCCUGGAUCCACAAACACAUCCAGACUGGCCAUCGAAGAAAGAACACCAGAGCUUCAUGUAGUGAGCCUGAUGGUCUAAUAAGUGGGUCUGAGGGAGAGCUGCACUUUCCAGAAAGCCUCCACCUGUACUAUGAGAGCGAGCAACUGUGUGUCUGGACCCUGCUGGUUCCAGAGGAUAUGCAUAUAUUGCUCAAUUUGUCCCACUUGGAUGCAGAAUCUUGUCACCACAAUUACCUGGCAAUAUAUUCCCUAGAAGACAGGCUCAUUGGGAAAUUCUGUGGAGAAAGCCUCCCUUCGUCCAUUCUCAUUGGCUCCAGUUCUAUCCGGCUGAGAUUCAUCUCUGAUGCCACAGAUUACGCCACUGGGUUUAAUCUUACCUAUAAAGCUCUCAAGCCAAACUACCUUCCUGGUUCUGGCUGCGAGUCUCUAAAUAUCCUCUUUGAAGAAGGCACCAUCCAUAGUCUUCACUACCCUGAAGACUACAGUGACAUGGCUAGCUGUACCUGGAUCUUUCAAGCCCCCAACCAUUACCUAAUUAAGCUGUCAUUUCAGAGCCUAGAAAUAGAAGAAAAUGGAGACUGCACUUCUGACUAUGUGACUGUACACAGUGAUGUCGAGGGGGAGAAGGAAAUAGCUCGCCUAUGUGGCUAUGUGGUACCUAGCCCUGUUCUGAGCACCUCCAGUGUAAUGCUUAUCAGCUUCCAAUCAGAUGAGAAUGGCACCUCCAGGGGCUUCCAGGCUGAGGUCUCCUUCAUUUCUAGAGCAGAUUUCAAUGUCUCCAUAUCAGAGGAUGAAUCAGUGCUUCUGGAAACAUGGGAUGUGCCUCCUGGAGCAAUCAAAGUUUUGGAUGCAGAGAGAGAUACACAUAGAGCAACAACAUAG